AUGGAUACAAGUAUUACUUGCGAUUCGGAUCCAAAUGCAAGUGUUUUGGAACCGAUGGACACCAAUGUUACUCAAGACAGUCAGGAGUUAGUCCUCAAUAAUCCAUAUUUGAUCGCAAGAAUCGUUAGCGAACUCGACAUCAGAUCUCUGUUCGCAAGUCAUUCGGUGUCCAAAGACUUCUUCGAUGCGUCCGCUUAUGAAUACGAGAAACGCAAAGACAUUAUACAUCUCUAUCUCUUGAACUACGAGUUCCUCAAAGAAUCGCCUCUUUAUGACUCCCAAAGACUGUUCGAGUCAUUCAGUCAUUACAGCAAUCGGUGGCUAAAUAUGAGACCCAAACACGUGUUGGUUCUGAUCGGUGGCUAUCGUCAGGACAUUGAUUACCGACGGAAAGAGAAUUCAGUGCAACAGAUGAGUGCCGGCCUUCCGAAGGACUGCCAAAUCACUUACUUAGACGUCGGGAAGACUGUCCUCACGAGUAGUAUUCGGUGGAAAAGUUUAACCAAUUUUAGUGGUCAUCAAAACCAAAGCGAUAGAAAUCUCUUCCAAAGGACUGCAUUUCCAUGUUUGACAUCGCUAUUGAUUCCAGACAUCGAAGGCAUUGAAGUAAAUGCUUAUUAUUCGGCCGAAGAGGUGAACACCAAAGAUGUUUCGUGUGUUUUAUUCUUCGAGUCCUCGAGACUGAGAGACAGAACUCCAAAGGGUGUACUCAGAGACUCGCAAACCACUGAUGCCAUCAACCAAUUGGUCUCAAGGAUUGACAACAAUGUCUCGUUUGGCGGCGGAUCUGUGAUUGCGGCCAAAACUUUGUCAAAAUGUCCGUUCCUUUUGGACCAUAUUUUCCUCACAUUUGGUGGACAUCGGGUCAGAACUGCAAGUUUUAUAAUGUCCACAACAGACUCGUCGGCCUAUUUUGAACAGUUGUCUCAAUUCAAGAACAGUUUGGACUUUGAAUUAAGUGAUCCCAAGACCUCGACAUCCAUUGCCUUCAUAUUUGCCAAUUCAAACAACUUUGACAUUCAGUUCACGUCUGCCUUUCAAUACAUAUUUCCUUUCGUAGGAAUGUUUGGCUUUCAAUCCAAUGACAGAAUGUUUGGCCAACUCUUGGACUCAAACUCGUGGACAGACGGCCGCAAGAAUUGCAUCCAAAGUCUUAAUGCAAACACAAAUUCAGUCAUUGUUUUAGUAAACUUUGAAUUCAGUAAAUAUCACUCGAAAUGA